AUGGAUCCUGAGAAGCAGGACGAAGUUGUUAAACCCAGUGGGUCAUCUCGGUUUCAAUCAGAGGCAACUUCCUUAGCAGACCCUUCGGAGCAGAAGGAACAGUACGCUAGGGACGAGUUUGAAGAAGGCAUCGAAGAGGCGUUCGAGCCUGCCCGAGACGAAGAGACCGGAUUCCAUCAGCAUGGCGGUCGUCAUCAGCAAGCAGCUCAGGAACCGGAGUCGUUCUUGGUUGACUGGGAUGGACCGAAUGACCCAGGAAAUCCGCACAACAUGCCUCAAUCGCGCAAAUGGACCAUAACCAUCGUAGCAGCGCUGAUGACCUUCGUUGUUUCAUUCGGCUCGUCCGUCUUCUCUACCGCCACCACGGUAACUGCGGAACAAUUCGGCGUUAGUGAGGAAGUGAUGAUUCUCAGUGUAUCUCUGUACGUUGUAGGCUUCGCAUGCGGACCACUCGUGUGGGGACCACUCAGUGAGGUCUUUGGGCGUCGGAUUCCUCUCAUGAUUGGCAUGUUCGGGUUUCUUAUCUUCCAAAUCCCUGUCGGCGUAGCCAACAAUGUCGCUACCAUCUUCCUCGCGCGCUUCUUCGCUGCUGCCUUUGGCGCCGCACCAUUAGCGAUCGUCGCCGGCAUGUAUGUGGACUUCUGGGACCCAACAAUGCGAGCGAUUGCAACUCAGGCGUUUGCUGCCGCCGUCUUCGCCGGUCCAGCCACUGGACCUAUUGUCGGAGAAUUCACCGUCAAGAACGAGGCACUCGGCUGGCGCUGGACCGCCUGGUUCACUAUGAUCAUGGGCGCUGUCUUCUUCUUGGUUGGACUUUUUGUCAUCCCGGAGACACUGGCUCCUGUUCUACUUAAGCGCAAAGCUGCCCGCCUGCGGGUCGAAACCAAGAAUUGGGCUUUGCACUCCAAAUCAGAGGAAGAGCCCGUGUCGAAUAAGGCCAUCUUCCGCAAGUAUGGGCUGAAGCCACUACUUAUGAUCGUUCGGGAACCUAUUCUUAUUAUCAUGACGAUCUACAUCAGCUUGGUCUAUGGUAUCCUUUACUUGAUCUUCUUCGCGUUUCCAAUCAGCUACCAAUACGACCGCGGCUUCGCCUUCGGCACAUCAUCACUGCCUUUCAUUGCUAUCUUCGUCGGUGUGCUCAUUGCUUGUUGCAUCAUGGCAUGGGAGACGGUAGCGGUGUUCACCCCAAAGCUGAAAAAAGCGAAGAAGUUGAUACCCGAGGAACGCCUGCCGCCAAUGGUUGCGGGUGGUGUUGUGCUGGUGAUUGGACUCUUCUGGUUUGCCUGGACCUCAUAUCCGAGCAUCAACCCAUGGCCGCAGAUCAUUAGUGGCGCCUUCAUUGGCUGCGGCAUCAUUAUGGUGUUCAUGCCAGCGGUCGUCUACCUGGUCGAUGUCUACCUUUUCGACGCCAACUCAGCACUCGCUGCGAACGGCUUCGUCCGAGCCAUGGUCGCUGCUGCUUUCCCACUGUUUUCGACAUACAUGUACGAAAAGCUUGGCGUCCAAUGGGCAACCAGUCUUCUUGGUUUCAUCGCCCUGGCACUUGUUCCGGCCCCAAUAUUCUUCUAUCUCUACGGCAAGAAGAUCCGCAGCUGGAGCAAGUUCGCGUUCGAUCUCGGGUAG